AUGGUACUAAUAAAAUUAAUUGCUUAUGAUUUUAUUGUGGAUCUUACACGACCUACUGAUAUUUUUCAAGGUCUCAAAGCAUAUCCAUUGAUAUUUCCUCGUGGUAAAGAAGUAUAUGAUAAUAAAAUGAAUGAUCAACAAAGUCCAAGUCGAUUUAUAGUUAAUGUUGUUGGACGUUAUAAUGUUGAAAAAACUUAUGUAUUAAAACUUUUAGCAAAUAUCAAUUUAGAACAUUCAUUUAUUGAACGAACAAAUGGUAUUAGUGUAUCGUUACCUCCACCAACAGUUACACACAAUGCACCAAUGGCUUUAAUUAAUACAGUUGGUGCACGUACUUCAGUUAUACAGGGUGAGCCAUAA